ACUGAUUCUUCGCCCUGUUCUGGCUGCCUGCUUCCUACUCCGGGGCUCCCCAAUGCCCCGAACCCUCUUUGAUAAGCUCAUCCCAAAAUGGCAACAGGUGAAACCUCCUGUCUGUGAUCCAGCAGUCUCUUUUUGACAUUGACUGGUGGGAUCUAGACCCAAUUUAUUUAUGCUAUUUAUUUGUGUGAGUUGUGUAACUGGGUGGGAAUGGCGUGCAGCCUGAGCCUCUCUUGGGGACCCCCAGGUCUCUGCGCAGCACCGAGCAGCAGGGCCCUGGCCUGGGAGCAGCGAUCCCACGUGCUGCUGCAAUACAGACCGUGCAGAGAGUCACGUCUUGCUUCUCAUUUACCGGGGAUGUCUCCCCUGGGCAGUGCAGUGGGGAGAGCGUGUGCCUUGCAGGCAGCUGCUCCUGCUGCCCAGAGCCCCGGGUUUCUCGGAGCCGGAGGCUUUGCUCCCCCAGGUCUCCGAAAAUCUCAGCCAGGGGCUGUGGCAGGGUUGUGUGUCCUCGAUGUGCCCAGGGCUUCUGCUCUUGCCUCGUCCUUGGGCUCAGUACCUUGAAUUUUAAGCACCUUCCGUAGCUCGGCAGUGACCUUGUGACUCAGGAGGGCUGUGAAGCUUUAGCAGCCGACCUGUUUGUCAGCUCCCUAAGCCUCUUAGAGGCUCCUCUGGGCUGAGUGUUUGCGGAUGAGGCUGGGGAAAAGCGUCAGCCCCACAGACAGGCGGAGGAGCCCAGGGCUUUUCCAGGAGCAGGUGCUGCGCCUCGCCGGCCCCUUCCCCUCGCAGGGGGAUUUGCUGCGCGCGGGGCUGCGGAGCUGAUCCGUGUUUGCCUGGAGCGUGUGGCCCUCUGCACGUGGGUCUCCGCAGCUUCCCAGCAAGGGCACCGCUCUUCAGCCCCGCUGCUAAAUCCCAAGCGGCGGCCCGUGGCUUUGGCCCCCUCCUCCCCUGCCGCCGGCGUCCCAGCCCCGCUCGGGGACCAAGGUCACAGCCGCGGGCAAGCGCGCUAAUUCAGCAGCCAGGCAGCGUCCUGCGGUUCUUUACAUCGGAGAGCAGAGGCGGUGGGAGCGGGCAGCAUUGCCCCGAGCUCUGCUCCCUCGGGAGCACCGGUUUAAUCCUACUCCGGCCUCCCGUGCCCAUCCCGGGCUGGCUGCGCGGUGCUGGCUGUGCCGCGCUUUGCUCUUGUUCAAAGUGAUCCGUGUGUCUCCAACACCCCAAAGACCCCGUCGGCUUGUGCGGCCGCUUGUUUGCGCUCUAGGGAGGUGGCUGCCUUGCUGCUUCGCUCACAGGACUCGUGGCCAGACCGGCCAGACCUGGUCUGACUCAGACGACGCCCUUUCUUCCUCACUUUGUCUCAAAAUGCCUUAAACUUCAUCUUAAAGCAUCGUCUCCCCUAAAUCCUACCCAACUGAGCAGAGACUGAGCUCGUUACCUUGCAGUUUGUGACUGUUAACAGGAUCUUUACGGAAACGUAGCCCCAUCCUUCCAGGACGGGCUCUGAGGACACUGGUGCAGCUCUUCAGCAGCACUUGCUAGUAAAACUUGAGCUGGAAUCUGUAAUUAACAGGGCCCUGGUCUUUGCUGGAGAAGCAACUGGUUCUGCCGGCUUCGUGUGAAACACUCCUGGAUCCGUGUAAUCCUAUUUGCUGAAGUCUAACUAAUUGCAAUUAGUGGAAAGGGCUGGAGUUCAAUUAAAGUGUGCUGAGAUUAUACCUUUUUGUAAUUGCUUUAGUGCUGGGGAUUACAGGAGGCUUUAGCGCGAUACCGUCCCGCGGACCGCGGGGCAGGCGGACGAGGGCUGCUCAGCCUUUCGGCUCCCCGCGUCAGCGCGGUGCCCUGGCCAGGGAGAGGUGCGAGGACGUUCGGUCCCUGCCUCAGGUCUGCGGCCCCGAGCACCGUCCCGAGCGCUCGCCAGGGCAGCUCGCACAGGCCUGGAAACCUCUGUGCCGCCUGCGAGCUGAGGGGCAGCCGGGUGGUUUCGUAGCGAGUGGGGAACCUCCUGGGAGAAACGCCCGAGUGGUUUGCAAAGAGGAGGCAGAAUGCAGCAAGUGCUCUGCUGCGAUUCCUUCCCUGGCGCUUGGAGACAUCGCGCAGAGGGAGGACGGAGGCUCUCGCGGGCGGCGAAGGCAGCAGUCCCUGACGCAGGGGCUGGCCCAACGCGCUAAUCCAGGCGCCCCCUCCCCACCAGCACACACCGGGGGAAGGACAGCAGAUUACCCAUUUAAAAAGGAGGGACGUAAUCCUAUUACCCCAGAGCGGGAUAAAUCCGCCAGCCCCUAAAAGCCAUCCGGAGCACCCAGGGGACGUGCACCGCUGCCGGGAGCACGAGCAGGCCGGAGGGUCCCUCGCAGUGCAGAGCUGGCCUCGGGCAGCCGCCGCGUAGGGGAGUGAGGAGCCGCAGGGACAGCGUCACCGGGGCGGGCUGCCGGCCCCCGCGCAGCCAUGAGCCUGGAGCCCCCCAAGCCGGAGAUCAAGUCGGCCACGAGGGUGAUGGGGGGACCCGCCACCCCCCGCAAGGGGCCCCCCAAGUUCAAGCAGAGGCAGACGAGGCAGUUCAAGAGCAAGCCGCCCAAGAAGGGGGUGCAGGGGUUCGGCGACGACAUCCCCGGCAUGGAGGGGCUGGGAACGGACAUCACCGUCAUCUGCCCCUGGGAAGCCUUCAGCCACCUGGAGCUGCACGAGCUGGCGCAGUACGGCAUCAUCUAGGCGCAGCACGGCACCGUCCAGGCGGCCGCGGCCCCCGUCUCCUGCCGCGGCCCCCGCCUGCCGCCCCGGCCCCCAGCGCUGCUUAGGUAGAAGCCGCCCGGCCCGGCCCCGCGGCGGGGCCCAGCCCCGGGAAACGCUCAUUAAAGCGCAGAACCAG